UCACCUAUUCUAAAACGCUAUAGAGCGUAUAUUCUAAAAUUUAGAACAGCGCUCGAUAGCGUCACUGAGUUGCAACCUGAGCAACCCACAACGGGCAUUUGCCCGCGAAGACAACAUCAACAUGGCGCCCAAGCGAACUCGAAGUGGUAGUGUGAAUAAACCAAAACGUUUUAAACCCGUUAAACUGCGCGUGCUUUCAGUUUCCACAAGUGGAAGCAAACGUGCCGGUAGCAUCUUUCUGAAAACAUCAUCAGACAAUGUUUCAAGUGCUCAUGGUGAUGAGAUAUCUACCAGCAAUUUGCCCUCGCUCUCGAUGGAUACCGAUCAUGAUGAUCAUGGCGAUGAUCGUGAUGAUAAUGGCGAUAUUCUUGGUGACCGUAGUACUUCUGACUUAUCACAACAUCAGUCAAGACGAUUACGGCAAUACAGACAAUGGGAAGAAGUCAGGGAGAAGCUUGUUAAAUCUCGCUACGAACGAAAUGCUUUCACAGCCAACGAUGUACAGUGCUGUGAUUGCACAGCAUUCGCCGAAACUCGUUGCCUCGACUGUGGUCACGAUAUUUAUUAUUGCAGAAACUGUGCAAUUAACAGUCACAACACAAGGAAUCACUUCCAUGUUUUAGAAAUAUUUAAGGAUGGCUGUUUUCUACCAUUCUUUGUUGACCAGAAACCAUUGAGCUUAUGGCAUCAAAGGAAUUGUCCUACAUCUUGUGCCAGAAUUGUUGCAUGCAUUGAUCAACACGGGCGACAGCAUCAGAAGCAAAUCCUUUUUUGUGAAUGUGAAAGUGAUGUCGUGACCCUAUGGAAGAUGCAUUUAUGGCCUAACUCUGCAAAACGCCCUAUUGUAGCUUAUCACAUAAAGCUGAUGGAGUUGGCAGAAGCACUUGUUUUGGAAUGUCAAGUUUCUCUGCAAAAGUUCUGUGACAUGUUGACUGUCCUCAAUAAAUCAACUCUUUUCCCAAAAUGGGUGAAAAAUGUUUACUCUGGUCUCAACAGCGAUUCCUUUGAUGAAUUUAGAUAUCACCAGUAUAUGAUGAGAGAUGGUUCACCAUAUUGGCAAAAAACCCCAGAAAUUUCUAGAAGUAUCUGCCCUCUUUGUCCUAAGGAUGGUAAAUCAGGAAGCAUUGUGGAGUGUAUGGAUGGCUGUUUUGGGCUUGUGCGGAAGAAAUCUGCAGGCACUGAUAUUUACCCAUCCAGACACAAAACAACCAUGUUUGCUGAUCAAAAUGAUGUUGACAAUUUUGUUCAAAGUUACACAGCAAAUGCCAAAGAAUCAAAUGUUGAAUGCAAUGAAUUUAAAGCUGGAGAAGUAACUGACAUGCUCAGGUCAAAAGGGAGAAACAAACUCUAUGAUGAAAAGGGUGUUUUUGGACGUGUUUGCAGACACGAUUUCCCAAAAGGCUUCCUCAACAUUAAACAUGGAGAAAGGAUAGCUUAUUCCGUGUACGAACUACAGCGUCUAUUAGACAAUUAUGAUGGGACAAGUGUUGAUGUAAAGAUUACAUAUGAUAUUGCAUGUACAUUGGAAGCCCAUUUGAAGAAAAAUGAGAGGGAAGACAUUCUUGACAAAGUUGAUUUAGCCAUACCAAUUUUCCACUGCUAUGGACACAAGUCAUCUUGCCAGAUACAGUUCAGCCCAAGGCGACUACAAGGCUAUGGUUUAACUGAUGGUGAAGGAAUCGAAAGGUUGUGGUCAUAUUUAAGAGGUUUCUCUUCAAUGACCAAGGAAAUGAGCCCCGGGCGACGUACAGAUAUGUUGACCGAUGCUUUGCUGCAUUAUUCCUCACGCCAGCUUCGUACAUGUGGAUUUCAACUUGCGAACAAGCUAAAGAAAUGUCCAGUACUUCUUCAAAACGCAUUGUUGCAAUUGGAAGAACUGUUCUCUGCGUUAUCCGUUCCAUAUGAUGGAGAAGUAAUUAAGAAGUGGAUGAAAGAUGAGGAAAAUCUGAUUUUAACGAGAGCCAAAACCAAAUUCACUUUGACGUGGCAGCAGAAGUACGUUCAGAAUCUAAUUCAUUUGAAUCAGCUGAGAUUGAAUGUUGCAUCUAUUGAGGAAGGCGCACAUGACCAACUGGUUGAAGUGGUUAAAAAAACAAAAGAGGUCAUGAAGACACUGAAAAGUAUUGAGAAGUGUAACAAGCUGCCGAAGAGGUGGAAACCAGGUGAAGCACAUUUUAAUGCGGCAGCUCUUGGUUUGGAAAAUCAAAGACGGGAUACAAUUGUGGAGCAGACGUAUAAUAUGGCAGUGGAGAGGAUGUUUCUUAUUUCUCUUAAAAGAAAAUAUUCAGAUGGUCAAGCAAUAGCAACGAAAUUAUCGAAGCAAAUAAACAGAAAAACAAAUGCGAUCAAGAGUACGGUCACCAAGUAUAAUGCCUCCUUAGCUGCUUUGCAGGAAUUGGUUGAUGGAUUGCCCAAAGAGUUGAACUUUGACGAAGCUAAGGAUCCUGAGUCUAGUCUUUACAGAACAUAUUGCGACGAGAGUACUGUUGAGAGUGUCCCUUUUUCUGUGAAAAGGUCUGCAAUUGACCUACAAAAUUUCUUAGAUCGAUGCAAAGAGGAGCAGCAACUCUUGUUGAAGGAAAUGGAAAUGCUAUUUGACCAUUAUUUGAAAAGAAGAGAUUGUCUGGAAGAGAGUUAUCAACUUCACUCGCAGAACGACUGCAGACUUUCAAAUGGGAUUUGUACUGUGGUGAAAAGUGAAAUUUGCGAGACAAACAAUAUUUUGCUUUCCUUAGGAACCACAUUUCGUAAUCAUUUAGAUGCACCUAUUCUUGACACAAUUUCUGGGAUUACUGCUACAACAUCUUCUCAUCUGUCGACGUCCUUGUUCCAGGAGACUAUUGAAGAUGAUGAAAUCGCAGUUAUAGAAGAGCAGGUUAUAGAAGAUCUUGUUGAUUUGUUAGAUGGUGAAGAUGACGACGAUACUGCAGCUCAUUAUCAAAGUGAUUGUGAUGGUGGUAAUGUUUGAUGAACAUUCCACAACAUGAACUAGAACAAACUGUAAUAAUAGUGGUAUUCUAUAUGUAGCGAUUUAUGCCUAGAAAAUGUACAAAUGUGUUAGUUUACCUCAAUCCAGCGACAAUGAGUGGGUGGCACCCCAUGAUACCCCUGCCAUUGAGCAGUUAAUACGGAACUCCUUCCGGGGGACUGGAAGCCCUGGUUAAAAAUAUUCUGCUAAACGUUUCUGGCAUGGUGUCGCAACGGUGUCGCUUAUGCAAUAGUGACAUUAUGUUCAGAAACCAUUUGAUUCGAGCUUUGAAAUGU